CUAGUGUAACGGUCGUCCAUCCGCACGGUCCCGUGGCUCCUCAAAAUUUUCAAAUACCUCCAAUAGCGAUACGUAAUCAACCGCAUUGAGAUUCGUGAUACCCGUCCGUUAUGGCCUACGUGCUCCAGAAGUGGAUCGAUGAAUACAAUGAGUUUCUUCAGAAGAACCGAGAUAAGCGAAGCACUGACCUUCCGCUGCUAAACGCCAACUGGCAGGUGCCGUUAAUCGUCGGAAUAUAUUUGCUGACAGUUCUUCGCAUUGGACCCCGAUUUAUGGAGAAUCGGAAACCGUACGAGUUGAAAACGCUAAUCCGAGUGUACAACCUGCUGCAAGUGUUGGUCAACAGUAUCCUUUUUGUGGUUGUUAGCGUCAUCCUUAUCAAACGACCCGAUUUCUCCUACGUGUGUCAACCGGUUAACUUCUCCAGAACAGCCCGAGGAUAUGAGGAGAUGUUCGUUGCAUAUGCGUACUUCGUUCUGAAAGUUCUAGAUCUCGCGGAUACUGUGUUGUUUAUUUUGCGAAAAAAGCAAUCACAAGUAUCUUUCCUACACGUCUAUCAUCAUUCGAUCAUGGUUAUAGUUUCCUAUUAUGGAGCCCUAUUUGCGCCAGGUGGACACAACUUCAUCCUGGGCAUAUGGAAUACCUUAGGCCACGCAGCUAUCUAUCUUUAUUACUACAUGGCAACGUACGGUUCUCCACUAGCAGCGCGAUGCAAAAAACACCUCACCCAAUUGCAAUUGGUGCAGUUUGUCUAUCUAACAGUUCACUUCGGGCGACCAGCUCUUACAGGAAUGCAGUGUGGUUUCCCCAAAACGUGGCAUUGGAUCGGAUUGGUUCAGACGGUGUUCUUUUUGGUUAUGUUCCUAGAUUUCUACUUCAAGUCAUACAGGAAGCCGCAAAAGAAGGACUCAUAAUUUAAGAAUAACAAAAAACAUAAUUGUAAUUAGUUUUAAAGUUGAUAACAUUACGCAAUAUAGGCUAAGUGAAGUACUAAAAUAGGUCACCAAAGACUUGCAGCUCGAAUUAUCAAUGUUAUGUAAGAAGAAAUAUGAUCACAAGAGUUGAAUAAAAUCUAUUCUACACGUA